AUGGCUCCUAUCGGUCUCACCGCUGGCGUUAUUGAAAUCGGUAUACUGAUAUCGACUUUCCUGUAUGGCAUUACAACUAUGCAGGCAUACAUAUAUGCUCGCUCCUAUGGAAGGGAUCCAUGGUGGCUGCAAACGCUGGUGCUUUUCGGCAUGCUGAAAAUAUAUAGGCUGCUUGAGACUCUUCUCACCGUGCUUACCUGCAUAUAUUUAUAUUCUCUGACUAUAACCAACUUUGGCAAACUCGCGACCCUGCAAGACCUUCCUUGGAGUAUGGAUGUUUCCUUUGCGAUCGGAGGACUGCUAAGUGCUAUUGUACAGUCGUUUUUCGCAUGGAGAGUCUAUAUCAUUUCUGGCCGCUUACUCACCAGCCUGGUUUCAUGGUCUGCCAGUUUUUGCCGUGUGGUAAUCACCGUCACUAUCUGCGUCCUUGAUGUGAAAUCCAAGACCGUCGGACGCUACGAAAGCUUGUAUCCAUGGACGAUCACUUUUUCUCUCGCACUUGCCAUGUUCAUCGACGUCCUCAACACCUGCGCUCUCUGCUUUUGGUUGUGGAAGAAGCAGGAUCAUCGUCAUUCCUCAAGCGCAAUGAUUGACAAGAUAAUGACGUGGACUAUCGGUAAGGCGAAUGACAGAGCCUGA